AUGGACGACUUUUCGACCGGCGCUGACGAUGAUCUCGUUCAGCCACUAGGCUCUCCGAGUGACGCUCUUUUUGGACUCGAUAACCCAGACUACGACAACCCUAGCAAACCCAUAUCGACCGGCACUCCUGCUGACGAACGCAUGCCCGACGAUAAUGCCGACGAAGCCAUCGUGGAUUUCGACCGAGGCGACUUCUCUAACAACGGCGAGAUCGCCGACAUUGCCCGAGAGCCUGUAUCUUCGACGAAAAAAGACAUACAAACUUCAACACACAUCGAUGUCGGGAACGACAAGCGCAUUUUCUCCACUGCAGUCGGGGUCGAGCUCGACAUUUCCACUGCUGUCAUGUCUGAUCUGACCAGUGUCUCCUCGAUCGUUGAGCCGGAGGAUGGUCACCAGAUCGAGGAGAGCGAACUACAGACUCCCAAGUUGCGUACUUCUAAUUUCGAGAUCAUCCUUCCAUGCUUGUCGUCAGAAGAACGCGCGCAUUAUACCUCCAUCACCAGCGAUGUCGUCAACGAGAUCAUCGAGGAGGUCCUUGGCCCGGAAGGCGAAGUGUGGUACAAAAUGGAGUUCACGGAUGGCCGGCAGGAUGUUAGUAUUUAA